AUGCGCGCUCAACUCGCCCUUUCGAUAUCUCUCGUCGUGCUCUUCGCUUCAGUGGUUGCGCAGGGUGGGAGGGAGAGCGAUGUCGUUGUGUGAGUAGACACUGAUGCGCUCCAUGCCUCGACUAGACACUGUCAAGAGCGCUCCAUCGCUGAGCACGGUGACUUCACAUCCCUUACCACGUCAGGGUGGGCCCUCUCGGCUCGACAGCCGGAGGCACGAUGAUCACCAUUGGGCCUUCCAUAGGACCGACAGAUGGGAGUACUUACACCUACACCAGUCCAACGAGACCGGCCAUCUUCUCAAACACUGUCGCCACAAGCAGUCAGCCAGCGUCAACUUCUACUUCGACUGCGAUCUCAACCACCCCCAAUUCUACCUUCAGUGCUUCCAGCACAAUUUCCUCCACCCCGAGCUCCAUCACCUCGCUCACUCCGACUUCGAGCAGCAUAGCUAGUGUUCCAUCCGCCUCUGCCUCCCGCACCCCUGACGCUGCUCACAAGGGCUUGCCACUCAACACCGGCUUAUCGGCCCCGAUGGCCGUCGCUCUUCUGUUCGGAUCUCUUGUCGCGCUGUGA